AUGUUAGUUAGUAAGCGACUUCUUUCCACUACUUUUCAACCACGAUUUCUUGACAAGUUCUUUAAGCCAGUAGUGGAAGCGUCAAACCCUAGGAAACAUGAGGUAAAGACAUUAAUCAGACCCGUGGGAUUAGUAUCUCCGCCUACUCCCCACACAAAGUAUUCCAAAGGCAAUUCAUUUAAAGAUUUAUUUGAUGAAGAGAAGACAGCUAAAAGAACGGAAGAAUUAUCUAGGGAAAUGAGCUAUUCUGCUAUGUAUGAUAUGCAUACUUUCCGUCAAACGAACGGGAAGCUGUUUCUUUCACCAAAAGCGUAUUGGAGAAAAGAUAGAGCACUAUAUUUCCCACACAUUGUUGGGAAAUCUUUGGCAAAUAAGAAACUUUCCAUUGAAGAAGUUUUGAAGGGAAAACUUAGUGUUGUCAGAAUGUUCAGUAAUUCAGCUGGAAAUGAUCUGACUUUACAAUAUUUGAAAAGAAUUCAGAACACAAAAGAAUUGCAAUUUAUUAAUAUUCAUUGGGUUGAAAAUGUUUUGAAAUCUGCGAUAGUGAAGCUAUCUAAGUGGAAUAUCAAAAAUAAUGUGCCGAAGGAGUCCCAUAAGGACUAUUUCAUUUGUAGCAGGAGCCAAUUGCCCUUUACAAUUCGAGACGAGUUGAAGAUCAAUAACAUGUAUACAGGUUACCUAUUUCUUGUUGACAAAGACUUAAAAAUCCGCUGGCUGGGCUGUGGUGGCGCAACUACUUUAGAUCAAGAAAUAUUGGCCAAUAGUAUUGAAGGUCUUUUGAAAGAAUGA